AUGCCUAAGUCUCAAGCGAAGAAGAAGUCUCCUACGAAGGGCCCUGAUACUUCGAAGUCAGGCGGAAAAGCAGGAGUACUAGCCCCGUACGAGUUCAGUGGGCGUGACUUGAUCAACAUUAGCUCGUUCGACCUUGCGCAAGUUCAGGAAUCACUAGAGCACUCUGAUGUACCGUCACUGCGACCGCAGCUCAAGUCCCCCAGACAAUGCCCUCGUGAAUUGAACCACCCCAUGCACUGGCAGCUCCUACAGCAUGAAUUCUUGAUCUCGCGCCACAAGGCGUUGAGGUCAUCAGUACCUUCUCAUCCGUCCACAUUACCUGCCCUCGACCCAGCUUCGAAAAUUCCCGAAGCUCUUCCGCUCGUCGAAUCAGCCGGCGAUUCACGCUCUCCGUCGCUCUGUGAAAGCUUGACGGCCUCUACAAAACCUCUAUUCCCAGAAAUCCGCGUAUCCCCUCCCGAAGAAACGCCCAAAGCCUCCAGUCAACCGCGCCCUGCGAUCGAGGACCCCGCCUACCCCUGGGAAGAAGAAGAGCUUCAAGCUCUGGAGGACCUGCGAAAUGAACAACGUCGCUUGCACGAAGAAACCCUCAAUGCGAUGGGGCAAAUGGCCUACUGGUCCUUCAGAGCACAACGAGCUGCGAAUCGAGUCAAGAAGACAAUGUGUGAACUUAGGAGCUACAUGGAUGAACUUCUGGCUGAGCAGGAGGGCGGUCAAGGCCAUGAGAAGAACGAAUGCAAUAUCAUGCCCCUGUCUUUGUCGAAGUGA